AUGUCAAAUUUUUUCGAAGACGAGGAAGAGCCCCCGUUUCUGAUCGCUCAACCACCGGAUGAAGAGACCAAUGGAAGAAAAGACGCCCACAUGGACGUGGCAAACGGCAUUGCAUUCCAGACACUCGACGAACUCUGUUACGAAGGCAAAUUAACGAGCACAGAAAUGGCCAUGUACAAAUCCCGGUACAUCAAGCUGCAUGAUGCAUUGAAAAGAUCACGUGACAGUGAGUACAAGCUGCACAAAUUGAUGAAGUACUGCCUGUCUGAAGUGGAACGCCAGGAAGCGGAGCUAGCGAAAGCGGAUCAGUUUCCCGAAAAUGCCAUUUCUGAGCCACUGAUGAUGCGGGCACAGAUCAUCAGCACUUACAACAACGCCAUGCAGACAGAGGAGAGGGUGGAAACCCUCCUCUAUGAAGAAGGUCUCCUCCGAGAAGAGAGGAAACUGCUCAAACGCGACUAUUCGCGUUUGCCCAUGUCCGAGGUCCGUACCUUACUUGUUUUGGCCCUCAUAAUAACCAACUUGACAAAUACGGUAAGAAAGCAACCCAUCGAAGUUUCACCUUAUAAUUGCCAGGAAAUGGAGAGACGCUUCAAAGCACUGCAAGCGCAGUACCAGGAAACCUUUAUGGAGAUCGAUAUGAUGAAAUUGGAAGCAAAGAGAAGUCGUGAACAGCUUCGUGCCUCCAAGGAGACUCUGGACGAUGUGCAUAUGGAGUAUUCCGAUGCACAGCUGCGGCUGAACCGUAUCAAGGCUGACUGGGUUUUGGCGUCCGCGCUUCCAGGUCAAUACAUUAAGGAAACCGAGAAGGCAAGGAAGUACAAAUCUGACUACGAGAAAAAAGUUAAAAGCUUGGAGGCGCAGUAUUCUACCCUCGUGGCUCAGAAAGAUAAACUUGAGGACGAGCUUCAGACGGCCAUAACGAAUAAUGAGAAUUGCAAGAAACGCCGAAAGCAUGGCGCUUUGGUUCAGUCUCGCAUUCUUUCGCCCUGCUUAAAAAGGCAUCUUCCAGAUGCCCCGAGUUGCAUACUUUAUUUUAGGGCCAAAUUGUUGCAGCGAUUAGAAAGCUGUUCAUCCGAAAAGAAGGAAUUUCUUCAAGAGCAGACGAAGCUCAAAUGGGAGAAGGACAACGCCAUGAAGCAGCUAAAGAAGUGUCAGAUGCAGAUGGAGAUUCUUACAGAGGCCGUAAAGAAUGCCAGCGCAGCCUAUGAAAAAGUCAGAGCGAGGUUUGCCGUAACUCCCAAAUACGACAACACACUUAUGAAGCGGAAAGAAAAAUUGAACAAUUUAGUUCGAAUCUUGCACUCGGAGAUUGUAGAAGAGGAGAAGUUCAUGGCGGCGGAGCAGGUGCAUGUGAAUCAGACUGUACUGCUGUCCGAGCGACGCCUCUCUUUCCUGGAGAGUGUUCGAGCCGAAAACAUCGAGCUCCAGCAGCUGGCAACCGCCCUCGCUGAUGACAUGGCCAAGGCCGUCUGCGAAUACAACAACGCCUAUCGCAAGUACUCUCGCCUCUCCGAGGACUGUCAAUUAAAAAUGAAACAGAUUAAUCGUCAACUAGAGGAAAUUAGCAUUCUUGAGGCAAAACUAGCCGAGGUCUCCAAGCUGUACACCGCAGUGAAGUUGGAGCGUAAUAAGUGCGUUAGUCUGCUCCAGGCAGCGCUUCAAGUCUCCGCCGACACCCGGGAGCGUCUUCGUCAGAGGAGCAACGAGGGAGAAAUCCUUCUUGCCCAGGCGCAGAAGCGCGAAAUGAAGCUGAUGCGCAUGCGAAAGGAAAUCACCAACCUGAUUGCUCAGCGCGACCACAAGCGCCACGACCUCUGCAAGGUUGCCGCUGUUGUCGCCCUGCAAAAUUCCAAGCGCGAGCAAAUGCUCCAGACGAUAGACCGACUCAACCUCAUGUACAACCAGUCCGAGUCAAGCAUCAUUGCGCUGAAGAAAGCUUGCGAACGCAACGCCAGGCUGAGGAAUGAACGCGCGAUACUUCUGAUUGAACGAAAUCAGGAGGUUUACUUGCUUCAGGUAAUUAUUGAGGGCGCAGCCACCUGCAUUUUCAAACCUGUUCGUGUGUUUAUACCUAUUUCCCUGCAGGAACGUGAGAAGUCGCAGAGUAUCGCCAUGACGUCGGCAAAAAUGGACCUCAGCGGACUUGAGUCCGAGUACCAGUGUUCGCAGCUUUACCUCAAGCAGGUGCGCCACGUGAUCCAUCUGGUGAAAGAACAGGUGCCCGAGAAGAUUAAGCUCGAGGGGAUGGUCCGCGGCCUCAUUCAGGAGCUUAUUGGUAUCCGCGCGCGAAAAGCUCAGUUGAUCGCCUGUUACGAGGAUCCUGAUUGGCCAGGACGUCUACGACUCCUGGGAGGAGUGGAUCCAAGCCAAUCAGAGCUGUGGGUUAUUCUUGGAAAACUGGAGAGGCGUCUCGCGAGUAAGGAAGAGGAUCUUGCAGAGAAGAACCUAACUUACGAGGCCAUCUGUCGAAUGGUUGAUGCCCUGCAAGUUCGCACCGAUGCCAACAGAGAAAACACGCUUACGAUGGCGACUCAAGUGAACUGCGUCCAACGCAGGAUCCUCAAGCUGCGCAAAAGGUUGGAGACGAAGUACGCUGAGCUCAUCAUCGCAAACUCAGAGAGGAGCAAGCUGCAGCAACUAGUUGGAGAAAAGGAGAAGCACCUUGACAUCUGCACCAUCCGAAUGAUGAGCGGCAUGCCACCGAGCGUAGAAAUUGAACGCGAGUACGAACUCAGGAGGCGCCGAGAGAGGAUACGCAAGGAAUACAGGAGCGAAAAGGCCUUUGGCCCCAAAAGGGUAAGAUUGCACGGCCAACCCACGAACCUGAAUACACUCGAACUAACGCUACAUCCACCUUUCAGAUUUUGCCGAUGGAACGCCCGAAGACAUCGCUACCGACCAUUAGGCCCACAAGCAAGCCCAAUGCAGCAAGAAAAUCCUUUAUUGUAA